CCGGCCGCACAGAGGUAUGGGUAAUAUUGCUAUUUUUAGCACAUAACGCGGAAGUAAGGUUUUGGUCCCUAUAGGCCCCUCGCUUUCUCGUACUUGCAACAGCUUUGCAACAGGUCAGCUUUAAAACGAUGGGUGAACGCGUCAAAGUUUCCUCAGAAAACAAGAAAGGGGAGGUACCUGCCGUUCUAUUCAAAGGUGCCGAAAGAUCAGCUGGAAUCAUAGUGCUCCAGGAAUGGUGGGGAUUAAACCAGCAGAUACAAGACAGGGCACAGGAAAUAGGCAAGAAGGGCGGCUUUACCACGAUCGUUCCCGAUCUUUACCGAGGUCAGUUGGGGACCAACAACGAGGUAGCAGGCCACCUCAUGUCUGGCCUCGACUGGUUUGGAGCAGUGAAGGAUAUCGAAGGCUGUGCGAAGUACCUACUAAAACAUGGCUGUACCAAGAUUGGAGUCACUGGCUACUGCAUGGGUGGCGCCCUCACAGUAGCUGCAUGCUGCCUGACACCGGAAGUCAGCGCAGGCGUGGUGUUUUAUGGGGUGCCCAGUAAGGAGCUGUGCGAUCCCUCGACGAUGAAGGUCCCUAUCCAGUGCCAUUUUGGCGACAAGGAUGACAUCGUGGGCUUCUCGUCCCCAUCUGAUGCUGAAAAGCUACGAAAGCAGCUAGAGGCGGGAAAGGUGAACCACGAGUUUUAUAUGUAUGACGCGGGACACGCCUUCACCAACAGAUCCAACCCAAACUUCAACCAAGAGGCAAGUGAAAAGGCUCUGGAACGAAUGUAUGCUUUCUUCACGAAGCAUCUCAAAUAAGCUAUAGCUAAUACACAAAACAGUGGACAUGCUUUGCAAGCCUUACCAAGAUGACAUUUCCCACUUGACAACCACGCACAAAAUCAAUGACCCAGCAAUAGUGGACAUGGUUUGCAAGGCUUACCAAGACUAUACUUCCCACACACAAAAUCUUUCAUCCAGUCUAUUCUUAGUUCCUGUUAUAAUUAAUAAAGUUGUGUAUGUGCUAA